CAGCAGCAUGAACUUCAUCUUCAAGUCGAAGCAGCGCACGCCCGGCGAGCUCGUCCGCAACGUGCGCGACGCCGUCGCGCGCCUGGAGGCUGCGGGCGGCGCGAGCGGCAAUGCGGGCAGCGCCGAGGGACGGAGAAAGGUGAGUGGGGUUUUGGCAUUCUGGGCUUGCGCGAGACGAUGGGAGUAGAGGGCGAAGAUGGAAGCGGGCACAACUGCGUCGCAGCGAUGCUGCAGGCUCACGCCAGAUUGGAUGCAAGCACGUCCAGGCCUGAUUUGGCGAGGAGACGCCAGAGCAUUGAGCUGGGCCACUGUCAAUCGAGGGCGGCUGAGAGGCGUCGCAAAACUGACGCCUGCUCGUCUUGUGUUCUCCCUCUAUCUCUCUCUCCUGCAGGCAGGCGAGGAAGUGUCGAAGAUGCUCUUCCAGAUGAAGGCCAUUCUGUAUGGCGAUGGCGAGGCAGAGCCGCAGCCCGAACAGGUGGCACAGCUGGCGCAAGAGGUGUACAACAAUGACGUCCUGCAGCUGCUCGUCGCCAACAUCUGGCGCUUUGAGUUUGAGGCAAAGAAGGACGUCUCGCAGAUCUUCAACAAUCUCCUGCGUCGCCAGAUUGGCGCGCGCUGGCCGACGGUGGAGUACCUCGCCACCAAGCCGGAGGUGCUCUUCACUGCGCUCAAGGGGUACGAAAACCCAGAUGUGGCGCUCAACACGGGCAUGAUUCUGCGCGAGAUGCUGCGGCACGAAGUGCUGGCAAAGGCCUUGCUGUACUCCGAUCGCUUCUAUACGUUCCCAGAUCACAUUGAAAAGACGACGUUUGGCGUGUCGUGCGAUGCAUUUGCCAACUUCAAGGAGACGUUGACGAAGCACAAGCCGAUGGUCGCCGAGUAUCUGGAGAAGAACUACGACAAGUUCUUCGCCAUGUACCAAGGCCUGCUGCACUCGCCCAAUUACGUGACGAAGCGGCAGUCGCUCAAGCUGCUCGGCGAGAUUCUGCUCGACCGCACAAACUUCAACGUCAUGACGCGCUACAUUUCGAGCGAGGAGAAUCUCAAGGACAUGAUGAACCUGCUCAAGGACAAGAGCAAGAACAUCCAGUUUGAGGCGUUCCACGUGUUCAAGGUUUUCGUCGCCAACCCGAAGAAGCCGCCGGUGAUCGAGAACAUCCUGCGGCGCAACCGCGAGCGCCUGGUGCAGUUCCUCACCAACUUCCACAACGACAAGGACGACGAGCAGUUUGUCGAUGAGAAGCAGUACGUGCUGCAGAUCAUCGAAUCGACGGGCCAACCAAAGACGGCUGCUGCAUGAGCUGCCGUGCGCUCUUUGCUCUACUAUGGCGAGCCCACUCCGCCUUGACUGACGGCUAGCCCCGUCUUCCACACCCUCUCUGCAUCGCUCUUACCGCUUCCCGGGAUACCGACGCGCGUGCCUCUCCUCUUCUUCGUUAGAAGGAAGCGCCGGCGGCGUGCGCCAAGCCCCCUCUAUUUCGUCCUCUCGCCGUCCUGAUCGUGGCUCCCGCGCUCUCGUGUCCCAGCAUGUUCUCUCUUUCCUCUGACGUCGCGAGCCAAUCACACACUCUCACUCACUGCUGCUGCGCGGGGG